AUGAAGCCCAAAAGCUCUUCAGAGCGCUCCUCCCAGAGCUCAUUGGGAUCCCCCGCAGAUAUCAGAAUCCCCAGCACCCCGAUUCUUUCCAGAGCUUCCCUAUCUGCCUCUCCGGAUCGGCCAGCAAUCGACCAAAAUUCCUCCAUUCCCGAUAAAUUGCGGUCACCUCUUCGGAAGUCCGUUUCCUCCGACAUGACACCUCCUCCAUCAUCGCAACAUGUCGCCAAUGUGGCCACUCCCUUCCGCCGUUCCCGCUCAGAUUCCAAUCCCUUCCUCGCAUCACCACCAGAUACCAUUGACCAAACGCUAUGUGUUGCAUAUGGAGCUUCAGAUGAUCUCCCUUCAUCGAGGGAUAUCGACAAUGCAGAUGAAGCGCAGCUACGUAAAGUCGCAAAGGAUCUCCUAAUUUUCGCACAGGAAUCCCGCAUGUCAGCCGCUCAUUUCAAGCUCCAACAUAGCCUCUUAUCACUCACUAGUAGCGAAGCGGUCAAGCGAGCAGAGGUAGAGCAGCAACUCGCAAGGAGGGAAGUCGAGAUUUUACAGAGCGUAGAAUAUCGCCAUCGACGCGGUCUCAGCGUAGAGAAAUCGCCUGAGCUGUCUCCCAAAACCCCACCAUCAGACGCUACAUUGAAGCGAAUCCGGGAGCUCGAGGAUGUGAUCAUCACACUCGAACGUCGGCUCCGUCGGGCCAAAAGGGUCAUCGAGGAAGAAACCGACAAAAACGAGCUGCUUUGUGAAGAAAACAGUCGUCUUAAAAAGCGUAUCCGAGAAAACCGGGAGCACUUCACACUCAUGCUGGACCACGGAUCAUUAGCAUCCAGUCCCCAGGCCGAAUUUCUAACCCCGCAAAGAAAGGCGACAUCGUCAGCGACCCGAUACCCUGACAGUGCCCGCAGCCAUGCCAGUACGGUUGGGAGCCAGGAUCCGAUUGCCGCACUGCUCGCGGCAGGUCAAGUUCUACAUGGUGAGAAUGUCAGCGUGCAUUCAACUCCAGCACGUAACCGCUCCUACAAGCACCAGGGCCAGGGCCAUUCCCGUGGAACCCACUCUCUAUCUUCAUUACCAGUAACCCCGCAGCGUUCCCGCGCCGUUGAACCCCAAGGCCUUUUCUUCACCCCCAUCAACAAGCGCACUCCAGACGCUCGUCACCACAAUCAUUCCGUCUCCCUCUCAAACCGUGAAGAGCGCGAUCGCCGUUCUCGGGACAGCACGAUAUCCGCCUCCGAACAAGAUGAGGAAGCAGUUACUGAUGAGGACAUCCCCGCUUCCCAGGCCAGCUCGUUGGCCACCAGCAUGCUCCGUCGCUACCCGGUCGCUGGUGGUAGCAGCAGCCAGGAGCAGGAGAAUCCCACGAGUAUAACGUCUUCAAAUCUUUCCAAGUCCAGCUCUAUUCUGCAAAGUAAGUUGUUUGGGCAGGUUAAGAAGCCCGGUGUUGAUCGGGCGGGGGGAAGCGAUAAUUUGAAAAAACGGAAGAGUAGUAGUUAUGGGAAUGAUAAGGAGAUUGCGGCGAAGAAACUGAAGAUCUCAACUUCAUCCCGAACUGCGCCCAACGGCAACGACCUCCAACCACCCCCGGCCUCGACAUCUUGGUCUCCAUCUGUCAUCAUGGCGAUCAAGCAUAACCAGACCAUCCCGAAAAACCAUUUCCACAAGGACUGGGCUCGCCGCGUUCGGGUACACUUCGAUCAGCCUGGUCGUAAGCACCGUCGCCGGGAGGCUCGUCUCGCGAAGGCUGCUGCCGUCGCUCCCCGCCCAGUCGACAAGCUCAGACCCAUCGUGCGAUGCCCCACUGUUAAGUACAAUCGUCGUGUCAGAGCUGGCCGUGGCUUCACACUUCAAGAGCUGAAGGAAGCCGGAAUUCCUCGCAAGCUGGCACAGACCAUUGGCAUUGCCGUUGACCACCGACGCGUCAAUGCCUCCACUGAAUCUCUCACUGCCAACGUCGCCCGCCUAAAGGAGUACAAGGCUCGCCUAAUCCUUUUCCCCCGUCGUGCCGGUCAACAUAAGAAGCUCGACUCGUCCGCAGACGAAAUCAAGGCUGCCCAGGAUAGCUUCUCUAAGAGCAUCGAGUCCCUUCUCCCAAUCAGCAACAUCAGCCGUGCUGAGGCCAUCUCGGAAAUCAGCAAGAACGACCUCCCAGCCGGUGAGGCUGCUGCAUAUCGACGACUCAGAGACGCACGGAGUGAGGCUAGACUAGUGGGCGUAAGAGAGAAGAGGGCUAAGGCUAAGGCUGAUGAGGCUGCUGCGACGAAGAAAUAG